AUGGAGAAUAGCGUUGAUUCUCGAAAGCCGUGGCGCAAAGCUCUCAAACAUAGGCUACGUGCUAGGCGCAAAACAUUAAAGAAAAUACCCACGAUUCCCAUUACCGACCUAGACUUGACUGAAAUUCCGCAUCACUUUAACCUCACUCACUCUCUGCCCACCGAGUUCGAACUUUCUCCUAGGGAGACCGAAAUGGUCUCCCCUCCGGCUCACUUGAGCUCUAUCCUCCCAGACUAUGGCAUAGCAACCAGCCGCUCACCCCCAAACAAGGUGCUGAUACGAUCUCGCAUUGAUGUGAUUAUCCUGACAGUGCUAGCUAAGGUGAAGCGAGAGUGUGCUGCAAAGCCCCGUAGCUCCAUUGCAUCAGCCUCUUCCAUUGCCUCCGCAUCACUCGAGUCUGCUCACCUGCAAUUCGCACGCGAGAUGAAAUUCGUUUGGAAGAGCGGUAAACAACGGGUGAGACUUUCUGGCAUCGUUGACUACUCGCUUUGGUACGGCAAGCCUAAUGACCAUGCCAAUAUGGUAAUGGUUAAAAUGGUAACAAUGGAUCUGUUAAAAUUUGGGGUGUAUCAAUGCCUGGCUUACAUGGCAAUCAUCCACGAAAUGAGGAAGCAGGCUAAUAUUCCAGACACGUCAGUGUAUGGAGUUGCAACAGACAGUUCCGAGUGGGUGUUCAUCCGGAUUCGGCCAAAUGGGGAGUGGGCAACAAAGUCUUAUGACUGGGUGCAUAGUCCGCAAGAGAUUGUCUCUAUGCUGGCCAAGACUCUCGCCCAUGCUGCGAGUUUCGAUCCUCAAACCGGCCAGAAAAGGUGGUGCCAUGAGUCCGAACCAGAUUCGUUAGAGCAUCCGAAGUUGAAGCGAUAG